UGAGAAACUUGUCAAACAUGUUUUCACCUUUUGGGUUUUAUUUAAUUCAAUGUUGGUCCAAGUUCACGAGCAUCAAUCUGCUGCAGAAUAAACUUGUUGUGUCUCUGAGCAUGAAGUCAUAUUUAGAUGUCAGAUAUUUCACAAUAUCCACGCCUCAGAAUAUCUGAUGUCGCUCUGAGAGAUAACGGCCUCGGAUCAUCUUCACGGUGAAGUUUUUUUCAAGCUGCAGCUGAUCGUCGGUGUGAUAAAGAGCCGAGAGGAGCUGAGGACAGAGCUGCUUCAGACCACAUGCUGAGGGGACAUGGAUCACAGAGCGCUGGUCGUGUUACUGUCUCUCUGGAGCUCAGGAUUCUGUGCUGGAGACACAGACGGUGCAGAAGUGAAACUGUCUGAUGGCGUCACGUUGGAGGAAGGAGAGAGUCGCUGUCCUGGUAGAUUGGAGAUAGAACACCAGCGACUCUCCACGCCAGAGGAGGAACUGACAGCAGUAGAUGAGACGUGCAGGCAGCUCGACUGUGGAUCUGCUGUUUCAUGGAGAACAAGUAUAACCGGCUGGACCUAUCGUUUAAUUCGAGACAUCACAUGUUCAGAGUCCGUCAGGCUGAACGGGGCCAACCGGUGCUCAGGCCGACUGGAGGUGAAGUCCGACGAGUCGUGGUCAUCGGUGUGUGAAGGGGAGUUUGACCAGCAGGUUGCAGAGGUGGUCUGCAGGGAGCUGGACUGUGGGGUUCCUUCAGUCCUCCAGGGGGCGCUCUAUGGAGAAGUGGAGGCUCCAGUGUGGAGCAGAGAGUUCCAGUGUGAAGGAAAUGAGUCUCAUCUCCUGGAGUGUCACAGAUCAACCUGCUCAUCCGGCCGAGCACUUGGACUCACCUGCUCAGACCAUGAUGAUGUCAGGCUGGUGGGAGGAGCCAGCCACUGCUCUGGUGACUUGCAGAUGAAACAUCAUGGAGUCUGGAGAGGAGUGGCUUCCAUGAACUGGAUCUGGAAGACAGCAAAUAUAAUAUGUCAUCAUCUGGACUGUGGCUCCUCAGUUUCAACACGAAAGACAAAAGAUCUUUCACUACGUCCUGUGUGGUUGAUCGACUCGUCCUGUGUCCUGUCCACAGAUCAACUGACAGAAUGUUUGAGAACAGAUUCUUCAAAGAGCUAUGAGAGCUGGUUCAUCACCUGCUCAGAGUCCGUCAGGCUGAACGGGACCAACCGGUGUUCAGGCCGACUGGAGGUGAAGUCCGACGAGUCGUGGUCAUCGGUGUGUGAAGGGGAGUUUGAUCAGCAGGUUGCAGAGGUGGUCUGCAGGGAGCUGGACUGUGGGGCUCCUUCAGUCCUCCAGGGGGCGCUCUAUGGAGAAGUGGAGGCUCCAGUGUGGAGCAGAGAGUUCCAGUGUGAAGGAAAUGAGUCUCAUCUCCUGGAGUGUCACAGAUCAACCUGCUCAUCCGGCCGAGCACUUGGACUCACCUGCUCAGACCCUGAUGAUGUCAGGCUGGUGGGAGGAGCCAGCCACUGCUCUGGUGACCUGGAGAUGAACCACCAGAGAGAGUGGAGACCAGUGGCUGUCUGGGGUGGAUGGAACCAGAUGUUGGCAGAUAAAGUUUGCACACAUCUGGAUUGUGGUUCUGUUGUUUCAACAAACUUAACAAAUGAUUCUCCAGUCAGAUCUGAGUGGAUGAUCCAUAAUGACUGUGUUCAGUCGAAAUCUGCACUCAGGGAAUGUGUGAUGCUGAGUAUUUAUUAUGGACCCAACAAAGGCAUCAGAGUGAUUUGCUCAGGUUUGCUGGUUCAGCCAAACGUCUCCGUCUCGCCCAUUGUUGGGGUCUCCGGGGCCGAGCAGCAGGGGUAUCAUGUGCUCCUGGGCUCCAGCUUCACCGUCACGUGUUCUACUGAACCACAGUACCAAGGAGGCUCCUUCCACCUUCUCUUCACCACCUCCGACACGGCACACAACUACACCCUGCCGGCUGUCAAUCACUCCGCCCACUUCCUGUUCCCUGCUGCGCGCAGCGCCCACCGAGGGGACUACACAUGUGUUUACCACGCCUACGUUUUCUCCUAUAACUUCUCUUCCGAGAGCCGGCCUCUCCAUGUCAUUGUCUCAGCUUCUGUGACUGAUCUGAUCAUCAGAUGUGUCGUGGUGCUGCUGCUUCUGACGGUGUCGACCCUCAUCCUCUACUUCCACUUCAAGGCCGAAGGACGCCGGAGGAGACAGAGGCCUGAGACUCGUCAGCGCCCCCGCAGGUCAACAGCUGCAUCACGCGUCAACGUAGAGUGUCAUGGAUUCUGGGCUGGAGACACAGACGGUGCAGAAGUGAAACUGUCUGAUGGCGUCACGUUGGAGGAAGGAGAGAGUCGCUGUGCUGGUAGAUUGGAGAUAGAACACCAGCGACUCUCCACGCCAGAGGAGGAACUGACAGCAGUAGAUGAGACGUGCAGGCAGCUCGACUGUGGAUCUGCUGUUUCAUGGCAAAAAAGUCGAACCAGUCUGAGACAUCCUUUAUUUGUAGACAUCACAUGUUCAGAGUCCGUCAGGCUGAACGGGACCAACCGGUGUUCAGGCCGACUGGAGGUGAAGUCCGACGAGUCGUGGUCAUCGGUGUGUGAAGGGGAGUUUGACCAGCAGGUUGCAGAGGUGGUCUGCAGGGAGCUGGACUGUGGGGCUCCUUCAGUCCUCCAGGGGGCGCUCUAUGGAGAAGUGGAGGCUCCAGUGUGGAGCAGAGAGUUCCAGUGUGAAGGAAAUGAGUCUCAUCUCCUGGAGUGUCACAGAUCAACCUGCUCAUCCGGCCGAGCACUUGGACUCACCUGCUCAGACCAUGAUGAUGUCAGGCUGGUGGGAGGAGCCAGCCACUGCUCUGGUGAACUACAGAUGAAACAUGAUGGAGUCUGGAGAGGACUCGAUUCCAUAAACUGGAACGUGAAGACACCAAAUAUAAUAUGUCUUCAUCUGGACUGUGGCUCCUCAGUUUCACCACGAAUGACAAAAUAUUCUUCACUACGUCCUGUGUGGAGGAUCGACUCGUCCUGUGUUCAGUCCACAGAUCAACUGAGAGAAUGUUUCACAACAGAUUCUACAUUGAGCCUUUACAGCUGGUUCAUCACCUGCUCAGAGUCCGUCAGGCUGAACGGGACCAACCGGUGUUCAGGCCGACUGGAGGUGAAGUCCGACGAGUCGUGGUCAUCGGUGUGUGAAGGGGAGUUUGACCAGCAGGUUGCAGAGGUGGUCUGCAGGGAGCUGGACUGUGGGGCUCCUUCAGUCCUCCAGGGGGCGCUCUAUGGAGAAGUGGAGGCUCCAGUGUGGAGCAGAGAGUUCCAGUGUGAAGGAAAUGAGUCUCAUCUCCUGGAGUGUCACAGAUCAACCUGCUCAUCCGGCCGAGCACUUGGACUCACCUGCUCAGACCAUGAUGAUGUCAGGCUGGUGGGAGGAGCCAGCCACUGCUCUGGUGACCUGGAGAUGAACCACCAGAGAGAGUGGAGACCAGUGGCUAUCUGGGGUGGAUGGAACCAGAUGUUGGCAGAUAAAGUUUGCACACAUCUGGAUUGUGGUUCUGUUGUUUCAACAAACGUAACAAAUGAUUCUCCAGUCAGACCUGAGUGGAUGAUCCACUAUAACUGUGUUCAGUCGAAAUCUGCACUCAGGGAAUGUGUGAUGCUGACUGAUGAUGAUGAAACCAACAAAGGCAUCAGAGUGAUUUGCUCAGAGUCCGUCAGGCUGAACGGGACCAACCGGUGUUCAGGCCGACUGGAGGUGAAGUCCGACGAGUCGUGGUCAUCGGUGUGUGAAGGGGAGUUUGACCAGCAGGUUGCAGAGGUGGUCUGCAGGGAGCUGGACUGUGGGGCUCCUUCAGUCCUCCAGGGGGCGCUCUAUGGAGAAGUGGAGGCUCCAGUGUGGAGCAGAGAGUUCCAGUGUGAAGGAAAUGAGUCUCAUCUCCUGGAGUGUCACAGAUCAACCUGCUCAUCCGGCCGAGCACUUGGACUCACCUGCUCAGGUCCACGCAGAGUCAGGUUGGUGGGAGGAGCCAGUCGCUGCGCUGGUGAACUGGAGAUGAACCACCAGAGAGAGUGGAGACCAGUGACUGUCGGGGUUGGAUGGAACCAGAUAUCAGUGGAUAAAGUUUGCACACAUCUGGAUUGUGGAUCUGCUGUUUCAACAAAAGUUACAGAUAAUUCUCCAUACAGACGUGUGUGGUGGAUCGAUAACGACUGUGUCCAGUCCGAAUCUGCACUCAGGGAAUGUGUGAAGCUGACUGAUCUUUAUAAAACCAAGAAAGGCCAUGAAGUGAUCUGCUCAGGUUUGCUGGUUCAGCCAAACGUCUCCGUCUCGCCAAUUGUUGGGGUCUCCGGGGCCGAGCAGCAGGGGUAUCAUGUGCUCCUGGGCUCCAGCUUCACCGUCACAUGUUCUACUGAACCACAGUACCAAGGAGGCUCCUUCCACCUUCUCUUCACCACCUCCGACACGGCACACAACUACACCCUGCCGGCUGUCAAUCACUCCGCCCACUUCCUGUUCCCUGCUGCGCGCGGCGCCCACCGAGGGGACUACACUUGUGUUUACCACGCCUACGUUUUCUCCUAUAACUUCUCUUCCGAGAGCCGGCCUCUCCAUGUCAUUGUCUCAGCUUCUGUGACUGAUCUGAUCAUCAGAUGUGUCGUGGUGCUGCUGCUUCUGACGGUGUCGACCCUCAUCCUCUACUUCCACUUCAAGGCCGAAGGACGCCGGAGGAGACAGAGGCCUGAGACUCGUCAGCGCCCCCGCAGGUCAACAGCUGCAUCACGCGUCAACGUAGAGUAAAAGGAUCACAGCCGCAAUGGAAGAAGCUUCAGAUGGAUUUCAUCCAGAUAUUGAAUAUGUGUCAAUGUACAGUAUCAAAUGAUACACAUAUAGAUAAUCGGCGGACUGAUCCUUCAAAUUCAUAUCAGUGGUUUUGGAAGUGGAGUUUGAGGCAAAGUUGCAGCACUUAUUGAAUAUUUACACUCAGCUUAUUGUCAGUUGUGGUUAAAUGUAUUGUUUUAAACAUAAGUUACUGCUUCUAUUUACUCAUUUAUUAAUACAUUUACGUUUGAUAUUCAUCUUUACUUUUUUAAUACUCGCUUAUACUUACAUGUACAAUAUAUUUACUUAGUCGAUAUUUGAUUCAGCUUUUCGAAAGACUGUUCAAAUUAAGUUAUUGUUAUUAUUGUUGUUGUUGUUGUGUUUGUCCCCAUCAGGACGACAAGUCUCCAUCAUGUGAGUGUGUAAACAGAUGUUUCUUUGGUUUCAAAGACAAAGUUAUAUGUUGACUUAUAAAGACGGAAAAUAACUCACUGAUCAGUUUAUCCCCAUAAAUUUACAACUUUAUUCCCCAAAA